CGUACACAUCUUGUGAUGUUGUUGAACAAAAAUGCCACAAAGAUGUGACGCGAAAUAAUUAUUUCAACGAUACGUGCUUGCCAAAUGAGGACGCCGUGUACAGGAUUUUAGCCGCUAAAUAUAAAAGUUUUCAGUGCGUCGUCCAGCUCUGGGAUCAGAUCAACUCAUGCUACAAGUCUUAACAUUACUGGGGUUAACAGCAGGAGCAGCAGAACACCGUUUUCACAGCUCCCCUCUGGAUGUGACGGCUGUUUGAUGCUUUUCAACGGGAAGAUUGCUGGUGAUUUCGAAGAUGGAGUACUCUUCUAAUGUAAAACAUUUGGUAAAGUGUGGAGUCACUUUGGAGAACUCUUUUCUCUGAUUUGGAUCAUUCGUGACCAGCAGCCUGUACAAGGCUAACCCUCGAGGAGUAGCUCAAUGGACACGCUGCUGAAGUCAGAGAUCAGAGAGAAGGGAAGUGGCGCCUCUGUGAAGGUUGAGGGCCUGUCCAAAGCAGCAUUAAUGAAAAGCCUUUCUCCUCGAGUUAUGCUUUCCAAUCGUCUUUUACCAAAAGGGACCAAGAUGAAGGUCAACCUUGAGGAUCAGGGUCGUCAGAAAGUGUCCUUCAGCUUCUCACAGACCAAGAAACCACUGCAGAGUCUGUUCUUCAUCCCAGCCAGUCCUGAAAAGCCUGUUGCUGAAAGUCAUGCUUCCUUGCCUCAGUCAUCCACCAAGAAAAUGGGACAGAAUACAGAGAGCUUAACUGACAAGAAACAGACACCCCCGGUGCCAGCGUCAUUACAGUCAACACAUUCUCAAGCACCUGUCUUUACACCAUCUAAACUGAAAAUAGAAAUAGCAAAGAUGCAUUUCAAGAAGCAAAUUCUCAGUGUCUCUGCAACUGAAGAGAAAUCGGCAUCUGAUGUGCCUGAGGGGAGUCACACAUCCGAAUUGGUGAAAUCAUCAAAUAAAACUGAAGCAACGUUCCCCCCACCUCAGCCUCAAAAUGUUGUCAGUAUGUGUUCCUCUGGGCAUAUUGACAGUGAAGCAUUUGAGGCAAAUGUAGCUUCCACCCUCAAGAAGGAUGCAGUUUCCUCAGGAAAACCUGCAGAGAGCUCAAGCAAUACUGAGCAGGACAAUAAGGAAUGUCGGCGAAAAACCAGAUCUCAGUCUGAUAGUGCUCCACCUGGCUCAGAGUCUGAAGGUGACUCAGCAAAAAUGUCUUCCAGCCACAAGUCAAUGGAAUCUAAAAGUAUGACAAAGAUUGACAACAGAAGCAAAGAGGUAAAAAAGUCUUCCUCUGGGUCAAAUGUGGAAGAAAAAGAAAAGGCUUCCUCUAAACAGUCAGAGAAUCAUGAACGAUCUUCUAGUUACUCAAAAUCUGACCGUGAUUUUAGACGCACAUCAUCACGUUCAUCUCGAUCAGACAAAGAUCGCAGAAGGACCAGAUCUCGAUCACGGUCUAAAUCAAGAGGAUCUCGAACGAGUUCAUCUCACUCCAGAUCAGAACGAUUUCGAAGUGAGAGAGGGUUACGCUCCGAUAGAUCCUACUAUCAUGAUUCCGAUCGGAGAUCACAUAGGAGUUCUCCACGUAGAGAGAGAAGACGCUCCCGUUCUCGCACUGACAGAACUCGGGACAGUUCUGAUUCUGAUGAUGACCAUAGGAGGAUGAGGACUAGAACAAGUGAUUCCAGAAGAACAUCCAGACAUUCAAGUUCGCAUAAAGACUCAAAAUCAUUUUCCUACUUAAAAUCUGAGAAAUGCUCCAAGUCUAUAGAGCUGCCUCAUUCACCGGAUAAGAGAACACAAUUGCCAAAGUCAGAAAAGGCUUCAAGGCGACCAUCAGACUCCGAUUCCCAGCAGAAGUACUCUCCCGAGACUGAGCCUACUCAUCACAAAUCUAGCACACAUCACAAAUCCGAGACUGAAAGCAAAACCACUUCUUGUAGUCUGCAUAUCCAAUCUCAAAAUGAAACGUGCCUAAAAGGCAGCUCCAGUGAUUCAGAGGUAGACCAUAAAGAAAAGUUACAGUGCUCUGGUGGGUUAUCUGUUUCUGACAACAGUACAGCUUCCCCAGAGAAAGCUAUUAGACUGGACACAAAACUUUUGUCAUCUUGGUCUUCUGUGAAAACCAGUGAUGAUAGACAAUCGAAUGAUAUAGCUCACAGUCCUGCUAAGACUUCAUCAUUUUUGACCUGCACAAAAUUCUUUUCUGACACUGAAACAGAAAAGUUGACCUCUGAGCCAGAUAGUCUAUUUAAGGGAAGUGAACGUGGUAGUGAGAAUGUUGAGGACAAGACCUCAUCUCUUGGUAACCAUGCGGAAGAAGAAGAAAGUAAAGAAUUGAAGCUAGACCUUGAAAUGGGUAAUGAAAAUACUUUAGCUAUAACCUCAGAUAUAAUCCUGAAGCCUGUAAAUGCAGCCCAGGAAGACUUGGCAGAAGUGAUCGAUAUCCUACCUUUAAACAACCAGUCACAUGGGGGCUCACCUGUCUUAACAACAUGCAGUAGUAGUGAUAAUAUAUUACACAGCCAGGACAAGAAGGUUGUCCAGUCUUUAGGUGAGACAGAGACUUUUCUCAACACAACAGACAUACCUGUCAAUCAUGAUCUCCAGCCAGUUGCUAAAAUAGAAGACCUCCAGCCAAUUGCUAAAAUAGAAGACCUCCAGCCAACUGCUAAAAUAGAAGACAUUCUCCCGAGUAAAGAUUUGACUGUCAUGGAGUCUGAAACAAGUGCUUCACUCACAUCUGAUUCAUUGUCUGCUAAGUCUGACAUUCAGGUGACACAUGGGCAGCAGAUCACUGAGACAGUCAAAAAAGUGACUAGUACUCCCAAAAAGUCCAGGUGGGAUAUUGUAGGGCAGGAUACCUUAGAUGGUGAUAAUUCACAAAAGAUACAUUGCACAGAGAUUAAGACUACUGUUAAAAAAGUGAUCUCUGUCAAAAGAAUAGAAUUUUCUAAAGACGUUAUCCAUCAAACCUCUUCUGAAAAUAAAAAUGUGGUAGUAGAAACUGAGACCAAUUUCAAAAUGGGGAAACAGGAUGAGAUCUGUAAGCAGAGUAUCUCCUCUGACAGCAAAGCUUUGAAAGAUGAUUGCAAAGAGCAAGGCGAGGCUUUACAUGCACCCACCAACACGGACCACUGUGAUCUGAAAUUGACAGCUCCACAAAACAGCAAUACAGGUGCCGAAUUGUCUGUAAAUGAUGCAACACAGUUUAACCAAGUUCCAAUAGCACAAAGUAGCGAAAUUGAUGUUUAUACUGAACCGCCUAAUGACAGUGUCCAUGACACUACUGAGAUGAUAUCUGUGAAUCAAGAUGAAUUAGGAAAGAGUGAGUCAAGUGAAAGUGACAGUUCAGAGUAUGACUCUGAUUACGACGAGGCUAUUAAACGGUUGCAAUCUGUGGUGGUAGUUCCACAAAAUUCGUCUCUAACAUUGGAUCCACAGGAUGCUGGAACCCCGUUAUGUAGUCCGGUGCAUUCUUCAGACCUGCAGAAUGCUGAUGUAACAGCUAAUAUGAACAUUAGUGAUGUUCAAGUCAGUCUAAAUGAAAGGCAAGAGAGCAUUUCCACUGCACUGGGGGAAACUAUCAUUUCUUGUACUGCUGUAAAUGAUUCACCUUGUGCCAUGGUAUGUCAGUCUCAAAGCAAUAUGAUUGACAGCACCAGUCAAGCAGAGGGUUCCAGCAUCAGCAGUGCCCAAUCCUCUAUGGCAGGGUCUAGUAUUGCUCUGGAAAGUGCAACGGCAAACCAGAAUCUUGCCCUCAGCCUUGAUAAUUGCAGGCAGUAUGAACAACAGCACAAACAACAUUGCUUAACCGGCAGGGAUGAAAGGAUGCACUCCCAUUACCUGCACAAUGACUUGACCAUUGCUGACAAUACCAGUGGCAAGAAUAUGUUCAGCCAGAGUUGGGAUUUUUCACAACCAGAGCAGCCCAGUAGUACAUACCAGCAGCCUGAUAGCAGUCAUGGGUCACAGUUACUGAGUGUUAGACUAACAGGAGUACCUCCAGACAGACAGGAGCAUGAGCAGAAUAAUACCCCCUGGAAUCAUCACCCUGCAGUCAUGCCGGCUGAUAUAGAACCUUGCACUAAUGUGCUUGAGCAUCAUCAAGAUCCUACAAGUGAAAUCCAUCCAGACUCUCUCACUAAUGAUCAUGGCGACUACAGCGCAGAUAAACCAUUAAGUCUUAGUAAAACGGCAGCUGACAUCAGUGGACCUGUCACUCAGGGGUCUUCCAGCUUUGUGCAAGGUCAUGAAAUCAGCAGCAACAGCAAAGGCUCGAUCAAUGAAGUGUCUCUGGCUGAUCACCUUAGUGAAGACUAUCUUAGACCCCACAGGGGACGGGGUCCUCCCAAAAAAAGGCGCCCAGAGGUGGAGUCUGAUUCGGACAAUGAGGCAGAACCUGGACCUGCAGGCAAAAGAGAGCGCCAAAUGCAUACUGAUGUCUCCAAGGAGUCUCCUGUUGUUGAGAUGCACCGUCCAUUACUCACUCUACAGGACUUUCAAGAUCCCAACCAAUGGAAAGACUUGGCUAAAGUUAAAAGUAUGCCUCCUUAUUUUGACCUGAUUGAGGAGAAUGUGUAUCUAACUGAAAGAAAGAAAAGCAAAUCUCAUCGAGAUAUCAAGAGAAUGCAGUGUGAGUGUGCGGUCUUGUCAAGAGAAGAGCGAUCACGGGGAGUGUUAGCAUGUGGAGAAGACUGUUUAAACCGGCUCCUAAUGAUCGAGUGCUCAUCACGAUGCCUGAAUGGCAUCUACUGUUCUAAUCGACGCUUUCAAAUGAAACAGCACGCAGACUUUGAAGUUAUCCUCACAGAAGAUAAGGGCUGGGGGCUCCGGGCAGCUAAAGACUUGGCUCCAAACACCUUUGUGCUAGAAUACUGUGGUGAGGUGUUGGAUCACAAGGAGUUUAAAACAAGAGUGAAAGAAUAUGCCCGCAGUAAGAAUAUCCAUUAUUAUUUCAUGGCACUAAAGAAUAAUGAGAUCAUUGAUGCAACACUCAAAGGUAAUUGCUCACGUUUCAUGAACCAUAGCUGUGAGCCCAACUGUGAGACCCAAAAGUGGACAGUAAAUGGUCAACUUAGAGUUGGGUUUUUUACAUGCAAGGCGGUCACUGCAGGAACUGAACUGACAUUUGAUUACCAGUUUCAAAGAUAUGGCAAAGAAGCACAGAAGUGCUUCUGUGGUGCUCCCAGCUGUAGAGGCUUCCUGGGUGGAGAGAACAGAGUUAGUGUUCGAGCAGCUGGUGGAAAGAUGAAGAAAGACCGCAGUCGAAAGAGUGCUCUCAACUCGGUUGAUGAGGAGCUGGAGGCAUUACUGGAGAAUGGUGAAGGCCUAUAUGAUGAGAAACAGGUUGUGUCCCUGUGCAGAUUAAUGGUCCGAGUGGAAACUAUGGAGCAAAAACUCAUCUGCCUCAAGCUCAUUCAACAUACUCAGAAUCCAUCCUGCCUGAAACAAUUUCUCGACCAUCAUGGAUUGUCUCUGCUGUGGAUUUUUAUGGUGGAGCUUUCUGAAUCUAAGGGUAACAGUAUCAAUAACAUCAAACUCCAAUUAGAGAUAAUGAAGACUUUGGCUGUUCUGCCCAUCUCCACUAAGAACAUGUUAGAGGAGAGCAGGGUCUUGACAUUCAUUCAACGAUGGGCCCAGACGAAAUCUCUUCUUCAGCCUGCAGAGAUCGAUGACUACUCCAGUGAGAAUACAUCUCGUGCUCAAACGCCCCUCAACAUGCCUGAUGGUUCCUCUACCAAACUGGCAACAGAGUUUGAUGGUGAUGCACCUAAACCUGCUGUGUACCCUCGCCUUAAAAUCAUCAGUGAAAACAGCCUGGACAGUGCGCUUUCUGAUGCUAGUAAAGCAUCUGAUGGGAAGGAGGAGGAAGAGGAUGAAGAUGAUGAUGAGGAAGAAGAUGAGUCCUCACACUCUGGACUUUCCAGUGGGAAACGGAUAAAAGUAGAGCCAGAGGUUGAAGGUGUAAACUCAUCUGUGGAACCAGCGCAGGAGUCUGUGAAAGAACACAAUGGGGGCAAACUGGAAGAGGCAGGUUUGAGUACAGACAGUCAGCACCAACCUCAAAUUGAGGAGGUGAACAACCAAAUGGAGUUGGAUUUUGAGAAUAAGGAUGUUAUGAAAGAAGAUAAAGGUGAGUGUCAGAAGGACAUAUUUCACGUGCCAAAGGAAGCUAGUGAAGAACAGGGGAGUGUGGAGGAACAGACAAGUCCAGCAGUUGAGAAUGCACAGGUAGAAGGACAAGAACCGACCAUUCAAGCUGUAGAACCCGAGAGUCAGUCCAUGGAAACACAGUCUGCUGAUAAUGUGCUUGAGCAACCUUCAGACCAUACAGAUACCCAGGCUGAGACAAGAGAGGCUGAGAAAACCCCUGAUAUUGAGGAGCAAAGUAGUACCAGUGUUCUUCUUCCAAGCUCUGAGAACCCUGAUACCAGUAUGUCUGCUGAGGUCACAGCAGCUCCUGUGGAUCCUUCAGUGAUAGGAACCCCUUCUCAGGAUGAGGAGGAUGGUGUGUCAGAUGUGGAGAGCGAGAGGAGUCCAGAGCCUCAGGUCAGUGUGCUGGAUAUUAGUGGCAUGGCGGCCAGACUUCUGGAAAGCUGGAAGGAUCUGAAGGAGGUGUACCGAAUACCCAAGAAAAGUCAGGUGGAAAAGGAACCAAAUGAUCGCAGCCGAGAUCGAGACACAGCUUUGACACCACGUCCUGCUUCUGGUAGCCGAGAACGUGAAAGAGAGAGAGAUAAAGAGAGGGAGCGCGAGAGAGACAGAGAAUAUGAAAGAGACCGGGAUCGAGAAUGGGACAGGGAGCGAGACCGCGACAGAGGCUCGGACAAAAUUCCACGCAGUUCCGAGCGAUGGAGGAGGCGCUCCACAUCUCCACCGUCCUCCAUGUAUGAGAGGAGCCGACGAACUGAGGAACGAAGUUUUGACUCCUCUAACAGCAGCAAAACACCAAGAGGAAUUGGUGGCAAGGAGCGCAACAAACUGUCCACUGAGGAACGUCGAAAGCUGUUUGAGCAGGAGGUUGCUCAGCGUGAAGCCCAGAAACAACAGCAGCUUCAACAGCAGCAGCAGCAGCAGCAACUCCAGACUAUGGCUUAUGACCCAGCUCUGGCUUAUGCCUCCAGCCCAGGCUUCAUCACCUACCCACCCGGAUAUCCCAUACAGACCUUCGUGGAUCCUUCAAACCCCAAUGCAGGCAAAGUACUACUACCCACCCCUCCAGUUGAGCCCACCCUAACUUAUGAACAAACACCUCCCCAGCACCUUAUCUCAGAGCUCAGGCUGCCUUCUCCAUCCUCCACUCCCCAGGGCACUCCAGUCUCUAAUCUCUCUCAGCACAUUACCAGCAACCAUCUGGACCUCAACAGUGGCAACCCCCAACAAUAUGCACAGCCAACUGUAGCUACUCAAGAUCCAGGGGUAGCUGUUCUUUCUGUACCUGCACAGGCAGCCCCACAGGUACAGGGCCAGCAGAGCUACACCACUCUGUGGGAUCCCACCACUCAACAGGCAGUCACUGUACAGACUCAACCAGCACAGCAGUAUGCCCCUGCACAGCCUCAGACACAAACUGCUAUCUAUUACCAGGGCCAGCCAUGCCAAACCAUCUACAGCAUCCCUGCUGCCUACCCUCAGACCAACACACCCGUCAUACAGGCGUACAGUGAGCCCACAGCCAGCUACCUGCACGGCCAGCCUGUGUACACUGGCCAUCAGCAGGGAGUGGUGCUGCAGCAGGGAGGGACAGUCACAACUAUUGUCACUUCCCAAACUGUCCAGCAGGAUAUGAUUGUACCCAACAAUGUGAUCGACCUGCCACCUCCUUCGCCCCCCAAGCCCAAAACUAUUGUCUUGCCUCCCAACUGGAAAGUGGCUCGUGACCCUGAAGGCAAGAUCUACUACUACCAUGUUGUCACCAGGCAAACACAGUGGGACCCUCCAACCUGGGAAGGCAGCAGUGACAACACUAGUAUAGACCAUGAAUCCGAAAUGGACCUGGGAACACCCACCUAUGAUGAAAACCCUUCGAAGUUCUCCACUAAGACGGCUGAAGCAGACACUUCCAGUGAACUGGCUAAAAAGAGCAAAGAGACAUUUCGCAAAGAGAUGUCGCAGUUCAUUGUGCAAUGCUUAAAUCCUUACCGGAAGCCAGACUGCAAAUUUGGACGAAUCAGCAACACAGAUGACUUCAAACACCUGGCAAGAAAGCUAACGCACGGCGUCAUGAAUAAGGAGCUGAAAGCUUGCAAGAAUCCCGAGGACCUGGAGUGUAACGAAAAUGUGAAGCACAAGACCAAGGAGUACAUCAAGAAGUACAUGCAGAGGUUUGGCUCCGUGUACAGGCCCAGGGAGGACACGGACGUGUACUAGAGGCCAGCGCAGCUGAAGCACAGAUCAGCCCGCUGUAUUCACUCCUUCCUGUGGCUCAGUGCGGCCCGCGGAGUUGUUCCUGAAACGUAUUUAUGAAUAAUUGCACUGCUCGGCAGGACGCCGUCCUGGCCCCGCAGCGGGCAGAUGGACUCAGAGACUUAAGUGUCGUCUCAAGAUCCAAGACAUGAAGGAUGACACUGAGGGGUGCUACAGAUACUGAUGAUAUUUUCACUGUUUGAUUUUUAGUCUCCCCCCCCCCCCCCCCCCCCCCCCACACACACACACACACUUGAGGCUUUUAAACCUUUGCUCUAUGAUUCGCCCCUUUGUUUUUGGUUACUUUUACUAGUGCUGAAUCAGGAUUACUCAGCAGAAUUAAGCUAGGAAUUAUUUCUGUUAAUGGAUCUAACUCACAACAGCCCACCUCUAACCCCACCCCACCCCCACUCAGCCUGUUUUGUGUGUUUAAUCGUCCUGCCACUGAGUCUGUAUCUGGUGCUGCUUUUAACUGGGCUGCGGAGGUCUGAGCUGCCCCUCCUCAAACCCCGACUCCUAACCACAUGACUGCAGAGGCGCUGUUGUUUUUUAUGAAUGCAGGCUGCGGUCAGGCCGCUUAUCCUCAUGGAAAUUCCUACAUUUUUUUUUUUUUUCUUUAGGUAUCCUGGUCCAAGAAAUGUCACGAUGACCUUUUACUCAUAUUAAAUAAAUACACUGAGGGAUCAGAAGAUGUAAAAUAAGUUGGGAAGGUCAGUGAUCAAUAUUUCCAUGUCUUUUUAUUAAUUUAUGUGUAAUAGGGAGCAGGAUUUAAAUACUAUGUUUGAUGUGCUUUUUUUAAAGCUAUAUAUAAAAAAUUUCCCUGUAUCCCAUCGAGCACCUCUCCCGAUUUUUACUUGCCGUUUUCCUCACUCUUCACACGGAUGAUCUUGAAGGUGAAGGUUACGUCACUGCAUUUUUAACAGUUGCUGAUUACAUAAUCUUUGUUCCACAGUGAGUCCUGGUUAGACUGUAGAGACGUUUAGGCUGGCCUUGUUUUGCUGUCAGCCGCUCAAUUUCUAAAGUAGUUUCUGUAGCAUUUGAUCAUCUGUGAUCAAAAUCAAAUCUCAUUAAAUUUGCAUUAAACAAUGUUAAACCAUAUGUAUAAUUGCUUUAUAUGUGAAUAUAUUGAAUAGUAGUUUGGGGAAUGUUUAAAUAAAUAAAACACUUUGUAAAAGGCCUAUCAGUUCAUGGUUU